AAUUCUUCACUGAAUGACUUAUUAAAAAUAUUCGAGAAUAUUCUCAAAUUUGAUUCACGACAGGGAUUCUAAUAUUAUGGAACAUAAUUCUUUACUCUUGAUUAAUCGAUAUUUCUUAUAUAGUUUGGCAACAGCUUUACAGUAACCAUAGCAACUAAGUUAGAAUUUAAUCCAGUCUGACAAGAGUUUGUACCACUAAAACAUUGCUUGGAAUAAUGGACGAAGAUUUCGUAGACAAAUUAAAACUUACAUCAGAUGAAGCUACAAAGUUAAAAAAUGCUUUUCAGAAUAAAGACUUCGUGAAGCUUUUUCAAGAAUACGCUGAAAAUGUCACCAAUCCGGAUUCACGCAAACAGUACGAAAGUGAAAUUAUUUCAAUGGAAAAAGAGAGAGGAUUUAAAGUUAAGUUCAUACAUCCUUCCCCUUUAUACGUUAUGAAGUAUAUUGUGAACGGGGAAAAAUUGUUUAUUAAUGUCUGUGAGAAUGAGCACGUACGAGAAGCAAACUUUGAAAGAAAAAUUUCAGGUACAGAGUGUCAAAUACCAGUUAUACUUUCUAAACCCAGACAAGACUAUGACAACAAAAAGGAAAAGUGCACAGUCAUUGAUGUCAUGUUCCAUCCCGAAACAAUGCAACUAGCAGAGAAAAAUCCACGCUUCAAACGAGCAGUGGAAGACACAGCACGGACGACAAUUGCUAACCAAUUUGGAUUUGCCGGGCUUACAAAUGGAAAAUAUCCCAAACUGAAAUAUAAAGGCGUCCCUCCUUCGUUGAUUCUACGACAGAAUGCAAAAGGUCUUGCUUGUGAGUGCGAGUCUCUAAAAGAUUAUUGCAAAAGACUUACAAUAGAUGGCAAAAAUGUUGAAGCGAAACUGAUGAAAAAAGGAACGAAAGUUGAAGCAAAAUUGACUACGGAUGCAAAGGAAGUUGAAGCGAAAUUGACUAAGGAUGUUGAUGCAAAAUUGACUAAGGAUGCAAAUGAAGUUGAUGCAAAAUUGACUGAAGGUGGAAAGAAAGUUGUAGACAGUUACAUUUCCUCAAUAGACUCUACUCCGAAACAACCGCAGUAUUCUGUUAAAUACAGAGACGUAAUAGACAUGAAAGACUAUUCUGUUAUGGGGUACACUGAUUUAACUGCUCCAAAAGCAAUAAUACUCGAUGUUCACUUACCUGGUGUAGAGGGCGCAUCUGAAAUUGACGUUGCUGUGCUUGAAAAGAAGUUUAAAUUGAAAAGCAAGUCGGAGAAAAACCAUAGCUAUUCUCUGGAAGUAGACUUUAGCUAUAUUGUUAAUAAAGACUCGGGCACCGCAAAAUUUGCAAAAGCAACGAAAAUUUUGACAGUAACAUUACCUGUGAGAGAAAGAGGCAUACCAGUUCUCAACAAAUAAUAAUAAAAAUUAAUAAACCGCUUAGAUGAUUUACAAUUGGAAAAAUUAUUUGACUUUCAAAUGAAUCCAAAGUCUUAAGGACCUCAAUACCAUUAAAUAUUAGAGUACAUCUUUUAUUUCUGACCAAGCGGCCCAUUCCCUGUUUGUUCUG